AUGGACUUUUCCCCGUCAGACAAGCAGGAACCCAUCGCCAUUAUUGGAGCCGCAUGUCGCUUCGCUGGUGGAGCAUCCUCUCUAGACUCACUAUGGGAUAUGAUCAGCAAGGUCAAGACUGGCCAUGGUGCAGUCCCCGGCGAUAGGUGGGAUAGCAACAUGUGGCAUCAUCCCGAUCCAGACCGAAAGGGCGGCAUUCUCCCACAGCAUGGUUACUUUCUGGAGCAGGACAUUGGCCACUUUGACGCUCCUUUUUUCUCUGUAACGGAAAAGGAAGCUGCUUCUAUGGACCCCAUGAAGAGAAUGCUGCUGGAAGUAUCUUAUGAGAGCUUUGAAAAUGCUGGGAUACCCAUGGAGCACCUGAUAAACAGCCGUACGGGUUGCUACGUCGGUUGCAUGACAAACGACUACGAAAUGAUCUCGUUGCAUGACAUCUACGAUAUCGGCCAUCCAGCAGCAACCGGACUAAGCGAAGCCAUGACCGCGAAUCGCGUGUCUUGGUUCUUUGGCCUUAAAGGCCCCAGCUUGACGCUCGAUACUGCUUGUAGCUCUUCACUCUACGCGCUGCACUUGGCGUGUCAGUCCUUGAGGCUGAGAGAAACAAACAUGUCACUCAUUACGGGGGUCAACCUUCUCAUCAACCCCAAUACCUCACACCAGCUGACUGCAAUGCACAUGCUCAGCCCUGAAGGCAUCUCACAUACCUUCGAUGACCGGGCCAAUGGAUAUGGCCGUGGUGACGGCAUUGGAUCUAUGGUCGUCAAGCGUCUCUCAGACGCUCUACGCGACGGCGAUACAAUCCGCGCAGUGAUUCGUGGAUCUGGAGUCAACGCGGAUGGCAAGACCCCCAGCGUCACUCAACCGAGCUCCACAGCGCAAGCCGAACUCAUUAUCCAGACCUACGAGGACGCCGGCCUGGAUCUGUCGCAAACAGGGUACUUCGAGUGCCAUGGGACAGGAACGCCCAUUGGUGACCCUCUCGAGCUUACUGCAAUUGCGUCGACCCUGGGUGCAGCGCGACGCGCAGCUGGAAAGCCCCCUCUCCACAUUGGAAGCAUCAAACCCACGGUGGGCCACACAGAGGGAUGUGCUGGCCUGGCUGGCGUUUUCAAAUCCAUACUACUACUGGAAAAAGGAAUGCUGGUCCCCACAUUCGGCGUGGAGCGCAUCAACCCAAAACUCAAGUUGGCUGACUGGCAUCUUACGCUCCCAGACGAAGUCGCCAGAUGGCCCACGCCAGGGCUGCGUCGAAUCAGUGUCAACUCCUUUGGGUUUGGUGGAGCAAACGCUCACGUUAUCCUGGACGAUGCGUACCAUUAUCUCCAUGACAGGGGACUGGAGGGCAGGCACAACACUGUCAUCGGUGACUUUGGCUCAGACUCCGGCUUCGAGGACACAUCAGUCAACGGAGCUGACGAGCCAGGCAAGAAGCUAUUCGUCUUGAGUGGUAGGGGCCAGACUGGAGCCAAGCGAGUGUCUGAGGCUCUCCAUGCAUGGCUGCAACAAAAUCCAGAGGACAAAAACGAUCCAGCCUUGUUGGAGAAUCUCGCAUUUACACUUGCGCAUCACCGCACGCAUCUGGAGAACAGAACUUUUGCGAUUGCAAAUUCGACAUCUGAGCUCAUAGAAAAGCUAUCCAAAGGCCUGGUCGCAUCGACUCGCUCGCAACGCCAUGGCAGCAACCUCGUUAUGGUGUUUACCGGUCAGGGUGCUCAAUGGCCAGCAAUGGGUCUCGAACUGCUCGCAAACUCGACGUUUCGCUCAAGCAUCGAGGCCUCCCAAAGUUAUCUCGAGGACCUGGGCUGCACGUGGAACGCAAUCGAUGAAUUGAGCACGAAAACAAAUGCCAAUGUCAACCGCCCGGAGUACAGCCAGCCACUAUGCACGGUGGUUCAAGUCGCCUUGGUUGACCUGCUUCGCUCCUGGGAGGUCAUGCCCAAAGCUACAAUCGGACACUCGAGCGGGGAGAUUGCUGCUGCAUACGCUGCAACUCUUCUUACGCACUACGACGCCGUAAAGCUGGCCUACGUCCGAGGGGUCAGUUCCGCCGCAGUCUCCAAGCCAGGUGCAAUGAUGGCUGCUGGUAUUUCUGAGGAUGAGGCGCAGGCAUACCUUGAGAAGGUCCCCGCCGACUCGGCCGUAGUUGCUUGCGUCAACAGCCCAUCCAGUGUGACGCUCUCUGGCGAUGUUGACGCCAUUGCUCAGCUGGAAACCCUGAUAUCGGGCGAUGGUAAAUUCGCCCGCAAGCUCAAGGUCACCACUGCAUACCACUCCCCUCACAUGCGUGAGGUCUCGUCAACCUACUUGGACAUGAUUGGCGAACUAAAACCCAAGGAGGGCGACGUGGAAGGGGAGACGCCCGUCAUGUACUCGUCUCUUACGGGAUCUAUCGUUGCUUCAGCAAAGGAGCUUAACGCUCAGUACUGGGUCAACAAUAUGCAGAACCCCGUCAGGUUUUUACAGGCACUGAUUGCACUGUUAAAGCAUAAGAGAGUUGCAGCAGGGGGUAGCCGACCAGUGCCAAUCCAGUGGGGCAGCUUCCUCGAGGUUGGCCCCCACGCUGCUCUUCAAGGGCCCGUGCGUCAGAUUAUCGACGCAAGUAACAACAGAUUUGCCAAGUCUGCCCCAUACGUCUCCAUGCUGGUUCGCGGCCAGGACGCAACGGAGACGGCUCUGAACGCCGCGGGUGUGCUGUGGGCGGCCGGCUGCCCGAUCAAGCUGGCUGAAGUCAACCAGCAGACAUCAACGGGAAGUAACCCCCCUCAAAUGCUUUGUAGCUUGCCCAGCUAUCCUUGGAGCCACGCAAAAAGGUUCUGGCACGAAUCGUACACGUCUCGAUCGUAUCGUUUCCCCCCACAUGCGCGCACCGACUAUCUGGGAAUGGCCGAGGACUCCCAAAACAGCCUCGAGCCACGAUGGAGGAACUACUUGCGCAUCUCGGAGAACCCGUGGAUUGAGGAUCACAUCAUUACCGGUACUGUGCUGUACCCGGGCGCGGGCAUGCUGGUGAUGGCAUUGGAAGGCGCAUUGCGCAUUGCCGACUCUUCCAAGACGAUUGAAGGUUUCCGCAUGAACGACGUCACUUUUGAGCGCGGUCUGGUCAUCUCCCUGGAUGAAGAAGCCCCGGUGGAGACGCGCCUCAGCUUCUACCCCGACGGAACACGGCCCAGCUCAUGGGCCUUCACUGUCUAUUCAAUGACCAACGGCUCGCCAUGGGGGAAGCACUGCGCCGGGACUGUUACUGUUGUGUACCAGAAGGGAGUCAGUGAUAUCGAACCAGACGGGGUGAAUGCCUCGUGGCAGCAACAGUUGGCCACACGCAGGGCGCUACUAUCCGAGGCAGAUUCCAUCACUAUCGACGUGGGUGCAUUCUACAAGAAUCUGGAGGCCAUUGGCAUGCAAUACGGGCCGUCCUUUUGCAAUGUCAAGUGCCUCACAGCAGUGCCCUCGCAAAAGGCCUCGUACGGGUCGGUGGCCGUUCCAGACACCAAGUCGACAAUGCCCGGAGGGUACGAGACCCCUCACCUCAUUCAUCCAGCAACCAUGGACUCCAUAUUCCAUUUGGUAAUUGCAUCUCUCGAUGCUGGCCAACCGGUAAAGCAAGCCGCGGUCCCGUACAGCAUUGACGAGAUUUUCGUGGCCCAUGAUCAGCCUAAGGAGGUUGGAACACUCUACUCUGGCUACGGUCGCUUACUCUCCCAGACUGGCCACGAGAUCAUCACGGACCUCGUUGUCUCCGACGAGGACUGGACACGACCAAAGCUGACUGUCAAGGGCUUUGCCCUUCGCCAGGUGACCUCUGACACAGGUGGGGAGUCUUCCGAUGCUGCUCCUUCCCGUCGUCCCACGCGGAAAUGCGCUGACAUCUCGUGGAUUCCUGAUUUGUCCUUUGUCACCAGCAGCGAGCAGCUCACGAGGAUCAGUCCUUCCAGAAACGCGGCUGGGUUAGUCACCAGCUGGCUCGAUUCCGUUUUCUUGAAGGAGGCAAACACCGGUGUCCUUGUUGUCUUGUUUGAUGAAUCUGAGUCUAGUCACAAUGUGCUUCGUCGCCUCAACAGCCAGAGGUAUGGGCCAAAGACGAUUAUUGCCGUCGCCGCAUCCGAGUCCAUCUCGCAGAUGAUGAAGAGCACACUGGGCGAAGGCACUGAGAAGCUGGACAUUACAUAUCAGACGCUGUCUGAGAGCCUCUCUGUCGAGAUGCUGGACCCAGAAGCCAAUGAUGUUGUUCUCGCUCUGGGUGUUUCCGACCUCGAUCGACACGCUGCCACGCUGGCAAAGUUGGCUCCUCUGGUAUGCCUCACUUCUGCCAGUCACCCAGGUGAAGUCGGCCCCAUUCCGUCAGAGAGGACGUGGGUUGGCAGCGUUGCAGACGAUGAUAUCUACGUCCUUUGCAGUUCAAGACCAAAGUCCCUUCCGGUUGAGUUGCCUGACACGGUCGUGAUCCUCCUGCCCGAGACGCCGUCCGUUGCGCAGAGGGAAUUUGCGGCGGAGCUUCAGGCAAAGCUUGACCAAGCCGGUCACUCGGUUUCUGCGACGAAUUUUACUCCGGAGAGUAUAGCUUUACUCGCUCACAAACAUGUUAUAUCUCUGCUUGAAACUGACAGUCCUCUUGUGUACGCCUGGAACGAGGAUCAAUUCCACACAUUUAAGAAACUCAUCUCUACCGUGGGCCAUCUUUUCUGGAUUACCCAUGGCAGUGUGAUGGAGAGCUGGUCGAACGGGGUCGAAUUUGCGACGACCCAGGGCCUGUUCCGCGUGAUGCGCAACGAAUAUCCCGUUGCUGUCCUGCCUGUUCUCGAUCUGUCCGCAGUCGCUGACAUUUCCAGCCCCCAAUACGCGGAUCUGGUCCUCGAUGUGUGGCGAUCGUCCCUGCCGGACGACGGAGAAAUGGAAUACGCCGAGUACAACGGCCUGGUCUAUAUCCCUCGAGCCACCGAGGACGCGGGCUUCGAUUACGAGCUUCAGCUGGCAAACAAUACCGCAAAGCCAAUCGAGUCAACCCUUGGCGCUGCCCGGCAGCCGCUAGCAGCAAGCGAGUUGGCAUCAGAUCAAGCAUACAUCUGGAUCGCCGACGAUGAGGCCCAAUCACCCCUUAAAGAAGGUCAAGUCGAGAUCAAGGUCGAGUAUUCUGGUGUCGGCUUGGGCCAGACAUUGACCUCUGUCCGCCACGCUGUCGGAACUGUUGCCCGCCUUCACGACUCAGUAAGGGCUCUGCAGCUUGGCCAGCGCGUUGUUGUCUUCUCCGAGGCUGCGGCGAAAACGCACCUCCGCCAAAAUCAGGACUUGGUUGCACCGCUGCCCAACGGACUCGCCCCACCUGACGCUGUUACCCUUGUUGAGCCACUUAUUACAGCGCAGUAUGCACUCCUCGAGAUCGCUCAUCUCCGUCGCGGGCAAGGACUGCUGCUGGAUGACGCCGGGAGCGCUGUCGGCCAAGCUCUGGCACAGGUUGCCAGCGCUAUUGGCGCCGAUAUCUUUGCUCUGGUUGACACCAGAGAAGAACGUGAUCUCCUCUCUGGGCGAUAUGGCAUCUCUAAAGACCACAUCUUCGACGCUGGUUUGGAGAACUUCGUGCCGCUGAUUCAGGCGACUACCGAAAGCCGUGGGGUUGAUGUCGUUAUCAGCCACCGCACCCAUUCCCAUGUCCCUGGCUUGAUGUCGACUCUGAGUGAGUUUGGCCAGUUUGUUGACCUCACCGGUGAAGGCUUUCGGGCUCUCCUUCCAAGCAGUAAAGCCAACGUUACCUUUUCGCGCAUCGACAUCGCCGCCGUGAUGCAGCGCAGGCCCGCCACUGUCGGGAGGCUCUUUCGACAGGCUUUCAGAGACUACAGCCUGCAGGGGCCAUCCCCGCUGACAAUUAUGCCCGUCAGCAAGCUCGGUAGUACGGUUGAUACCGUUUCACCAGGGCACUCUGCCGUGUCCUUUAACAAUUCGAGCCCAUUGCUCUUGCGGCCACCCCCAGCUGAGCAACUGAAACUUGACCGUGAGGCAACUUAUGUUCUGGCCGGCGGCUUGGGCGCUCUUGGCCUACACAUUGCCGACUGGAUGGUCGAAUGCGGCGCCAGAAACCUGGCCUUCCUAUCCCGCUCAGGUGGUGCAAGGAAUCAGCACGAUCUGGACAGAUUCACGGAGCGCUCCGUUCGGGUGAAAGCUUUCAAGUGCGACGUCAACGAUGCUCGCAGUGUUGCCAAAGCCUUCGCCGCCAUCAAGGCCAGUGGCGGCAGGGUUGCGGGCGUGAUCCAGCUUGCCAUGGUUCUUGACGACGGCAUCUUCGAUAACAUGUCGUUUGAUCAGUGGCGCUGUGCCAUUGAGCCCAAGACUAAAGGCUCCCGCAACUUGCUUGCCAACCUCUGGCCUGGUGAUAAACCCUUCUUUAUUCUUCUCUCAUCCAUAACCGGCGUUAUUGGCAACACGGCACAGGCCAACUACGCUGCGGGGAACACGUUUGAGGACGCGUUGGCUCAUCACGCCCGCCACCAUCUCUGUAUCAACGCUACCAGUGUCGAUGUCGGUUUGGUCACAGACUCGGCGCACUUUACCAACGCUGGUGAGUUUGGAGACCUCGCUGGGUACCUGGGUCGAUACCAGCACGGGUGGCGAGGCCUGCAGACGAAUCUUGACGAGCUCGGCGUCGUGCUGCGGGCCAUCAUGCGAGGCUCGACAACGAAUGGACAAAGCGUACCAGCUCAGAUAGUCCUCGGUCUGGAAGACUGCAUCGAGCAUAAUCAUAACAUCGAUGGCUUCUCGAGGGACAAGAAGUUUGCGCUUCGCGUCGCGAAUUCUGGCAGUGAUAACAGCGAUAAUUCCAACAAGCAAGACGUGGGCUCACUCUUGGCGAGUGCGACAAGCAUGGCCCAGGCUGUCGCAGCUGUCGAGGAGAGCAUUAAGAGCUUGGUUGCUGCGACCAUGGGUGUUUCGGUGGACGAGAUCGAUGCUCAAAAGCCUCUCUAUGACUAUGGUGUUGACUCGCUACAAGCUGUGGAAGUCCGCAAUCGUGCGCUGAAGGAUAUGAAAAGCGACAUCUCCGUGUUUGAUAUCUUGAGUGCUAUGCCCUUGGCUGAUGUAGCUGGCAAGAUUGCUGCCCACAGCCAGCUGGUCAAGAUCUCUGCAAGCGAAGAGUGA